AAGGUUCUGUUGGGUUCUGACCAGAAUCUCUUUGGAUACACCUUUGGAUUCCAAGAUUGAGCUGGGUAUUGAUGUGGGAAGAUGUUCCAGUGCCCUCCAGCUACCUGAUAGAACAUACAAUGAAGACUGUCAGUGAACGCCAGAGGGUCUCCUGUUACAAUUAAGACCAAGGCCAGGCAGCAGAGAAACAAGGGAGACCAGGCUUCACAAACAUGGAGGAAGCUGAUUUUUCAGAGGAUACAACUUACGAGCAACAGGAGGAUUUACCUUACGACGGGGAUCUCUCCCGAAUAAAAACGUGCAACGACUUCAGUUUUACUUCUAAUAAUGACACUCUGGAUGUCCCAAAUCCAAUGAUUUCAGCAGUAGAUGACCCUCCAGGAGCAACUUGCAGACACACAGUGACAGCCAUGACUCUGGGUGAAAUGAGUGAAAAUGCUGUCAACAACACAUACGAUAAAGAGAAGCAAUGCGGUGUAACUCUUCACAUUUUCGAUAAUAAAGGAGACACUUGGAAGUCAAACAUUUCUGACAUUUUACGCCAUCAUCUUUCCAAAGAGCAGUUCUUAAGAGGUCAAGGCAUUGACUGUGAAACGCUCCCAGAGAUUUCCAAGGCUGACAGUUUGGAUGAGGCAUCUAUUAUCAAAGAUAUUAUUUUGCGUUAUAAGAAUUCUUGGCCAAAAAAACAAACCCCAGAAGUCUCUGAUCUGCUCAACCCCAGAAGGGAUGAUGAAAACAGCAAUAAACCCAGUUGUUCUCCGAUUCUGAUCAAAGAAAAUACCUCUCAUUUAGAAGGUCCCGUGACUGCUGGAGGCAGCAACCAUCAAGAAGAUCCAAAUUUUCUAGCUAAAAUCAGGGCGUCAAGCAAUAAACAAAAUAGUUACCAAGGGCAGGCACCCCAGAAACAGCAGGCUGAAAAGGCAAGUUCAAGCAAUGGGUUCAAGUAUGGCCAAGGUCAAGUUCAUUACCAGCUCCCUGAUUUCUCUAGGGUUGCUCCCAAAGUAAAAAUUCCUAAAAAUAACAUAAUUAAUAAGCCACUUUCAGUAGUUACACAAGCCAGCUCUCCUGUUCAAUUGAGAAAUAAGUUAGCUGUCGUGCGAGAUAGUUUAGAAACAACGUCUAGGUCAAACUGUCUUGAAAAGCAACACCAAGAGCACAAAAAGAUAAUGACGGACCUUUCACAAAUUCAGGUGGAGCCUAUGGCAUACGUCCGCCAUGAACUUCUCACAGGAAUAGAAUCUGAGACAAGUCCCUUGAAGUUGUCCUCAAACUCUCAGAAAGACCCUUCCUCGAGUUCUUACAUAUUUCAGAGGAUCUCCCAUGGGAAGCAGAUGUGUCAGAAGUUGAAAGAACAGACAGAUCAACUGAAGACCAAAGUACAAGAAUUUUCCAAAAGAAUAAAACAAGAUUCCACCUGCCAUUUGCAAGACAGGAAGCUGGUCCUGGAGGAACUGCAGGGACAUCUCGAACUGCUGGAGCAGGAGUUUGUGGCCAACAAGGAGCAGCAUCUGACUCUGCAGCAGCAAGUCCACAAGCUUGAAUUCCCUACCAUCGGUGACUUUGAUCCAGAAAGAAAAAUGGAAGGUGAAAUCUUCAAGUUGAAGAUGCUCCUUGAAAACGUGAGAGAGAAGAUCGAUGAAAGCAAAUACACAUCAGCCCUCUGUCUUCCUGCAAGUUCUCCAAGCAUCCUGGAUGACUUGGCACCCAUAGCUUCUUCACCCUCAAAUGAGAUUCCCAAGGAGCACCCUAGCCGCCCUCCCGCAGCCUGGUGCUCACGUGCGAGCGAGGCGACAGGAACGUCCGCAGCAGGGUCUCAGGAGGCCGCAUCCUCCGAGGAGCUCCGCGAGCUGCUGGCCCCGCAGACUCACCUAAACGGGCCGAGUGGGGACGCGGCUGCCCAGGAUCAGCAAGGUCAGAUGGCCUGGAUGUUGUCGUCUAAUUCCAGGGAGGACCCCAGCGCCACGCCGGGAAGGCAGGAAUGUGCGGAGAUGAUGGUACCCAGUCCAAACUGUGCCUCCUGCCGCCGGCUCCUUGAAUGGAAACAAAAAAUGGAGAAAAAAGGUUACAGAAAGAUCAACUGUGGACAGUUUUCGAUUGUCAUUCAAGAAAAGGUCCCACGCCCAGACUGGACGCCCAGCUCUGACACAGGAAACAGCUUCUGUUCUGAUUCUGGCGCUGGGCUGCAGCAUAACAGAUGUGAGGAUUGUGGUGUUAAGAUGCUCUGCUCCCGGAGAAUCUGCAGCAAUGACCCAGCUAAAGAAUUUCAUUACAGAUAUAACACCCCAGGACAGAAUUACUUAAAUCAUAACGAAAGAGUUGCCUUUGUCCAGUCCCACUCUGUAGAUGAAAAUAAAAAUUCUUCACCUUCCUGUUCAAAACCAAAAAGGAUCUGUUCCCAGAGGGUGAAUUCAAAAUCCUUUCAAGGUGAAUAUGAGCCCAUGACAGGAAAAAAAAAUCUUAAGGCUUUCAGGACCUACAGCUCACAACUAGCAACAUCCUCACCCCACUCCUGCAGGAUUUCUGGAAACAAAUCCUUAGGUGACUUUAAUAGCAUCGAAGAAACAGAAUCUAAGAUUUUAAACUCGGCUUUGGAUCAGGCCCUAAAGACAGCAACCACCUUGAAAGAAACGACGGAUAAAAUGAUUAAAGCUAUUGCAGAAGAUCUUGCCAAAGCCCAGAGAUGGAGGAAUCGAUUAAAGAGAUACUAGUUCAGCCCAAGGCAACCAAGGAGCAAAAAAAAAAAAAA